CCUCCUAUUCCUCUCCUUCGCUCCGAAAACUCGAACGUGAACGAUCCGAAAAGAUGGACGACGAAUUGCUGGAAUUGCAGAGACAGUUCGAGUUUGCUCAACAAGCGAAGUCGAGUAUUAGAUUGUCAGAAAGAAAUGUAGUCGAAUUAGUUCGAAAGCUCCAAGAGCUUCAAAUUAUCGAUUUCGAACUUCUCCACACCGUCUCCGGCAAAGAAUACAUCACGCAUGAUGAAUUGAGGCUUGAAAUGUUGGCAGAGAUUACUAAAUCCGGGCGUGUUUCUCUGAUUGAUCUUGCUGACACCAUUGGGGUGGAUUUGUAUUACGUUGAGAUGCAAGCGCGACAGAUAGUGGCAGAUGAAGUGGGGCUUAUGCUGAUUCAAGGCGAGAUCAUAUCCCAGUCUUAUUGGGAUUCUGUCGCGGAAGAAAUUAACGAGCGGCUUCAGGAGUGUAGUCAGAUUGCUCUGGCAGAGCUCGCUGCACAGUUGCAUGUCGGUUCAGAGUUGUUGGCGACUGUGUUGGAGCCACGCCUCGGGACCAUUGUGAAAGGGAGAAUGGAAGGUGGGCAAUUGUAUACGCCUGUAUAUGUUGCCCGGGUUAAUGCGAUGGUUCGUGGAGCCACCAGGGGUAUCACAGUUCCAACAAAUUUAUCGACGGUUUGGAGCUCAUUGCAGCAACUACUGCUCGAAAUGAAUGGAGCGAAUGGCGUGACUGUUGAGGGUCCAUUUUUCCAGUCUCUUUUCAAUGGUCUGGUGAAGAGUGGAGAGAUCCUUGGAUCACUUCGUGCUGGAGUUCAUUGGACACCUGCUGUGUUCGCUCACGCUCAAAAGGAAAGUGUAGAUUCUUUCUUCUCACAGAACUCUUUUAUCAGCUAUGAAGUUCUUCAAAAACUUGCAGUACCACAGCCUAAACAGUACUUGCAGUCCAGAUAUCCUGAAGGCAUUCUGCUAGAUACUGUUUUUGUUCACCCCUCAAUGAUUGAAAUGUUGGAUGCUGCUACCGAGGAUGCCAUUGAACAUUCUAGCUGGAUCGAUUCUCUUUCAGUUUUAUCUGCAUCUUUUGGAUCCCAAGAUGCUUUUAAGCUUCUGUUGCACUGUCCAUCCGUUCAGAGGGCCCUUAAGUCAUCCAAAGCAGUCAUCUUGGGAGAGUCAUGUGUGUUUAGCAAUGCAUUUAUCAAGAAUGUGUUUGAUCAACUGGAAAAAGAGAUCGAAUCCUUUUGUCAUUCAAGCCUUGCUGGUCAAGGGCAAACUGGUGAUUUAUGUUUAGUUGGUGAAGCUAAAGUUGGAAUUGAUAACUUACGAAGAGGUGAGUUGACUGAGCCAGGUAAUGAGGGUGGAGGUAGUAAACAUGCAGUGGAGAAAGGAUCAAAGAAGAAGAAAGGAAAAGCAACAGGAAACACGAAAACAGGAGCUGCUGAAAGUGGUCUUGAUAACCAGGAAAACCUUCCUACAAAAUCUAAGAAGAACCAGCGAAACAGUAAGGAUUCAGGUUCCUUACAAGUAUCAGAUGGAAAAUCAGGUGCCAGAAAGGAUUUGGAUAAAAUGAAAGAAGACAAUCAUAAUGUUCCUUCUGAAGAUUGGAUAAUGCAAAAGAUCUUGAUGCUGGUCCCAGAAUUUGAAGAACAAAGAGACCUGGAUGAUUCAUGCACGUUCCUUACACCCUUGGUGAGCAUUUUGAGACCUAUGCUGCUCACUUCAUGGAAAGAGAGAAGAAAAUCAUUGGUUAUGGAAAAUACAGAGAAAAUGAAGCGGUUGCUCGAUAAUUUACAGAAGAAACUAGAUGAGGCUUUCUUAAAUUUGCAGCUCCAUGAGAAAGCGUUAGAUCUGUUUGAAGAUGAUCAAUCAACCUCAGUUAUUUUACACAGGCACCUGCUAAGAACAACAGCUAAUUCUAUGGUGGACAUGCUUUUACUUGACUUGGAAAUGCAUAAUAAACUGAAGAAUGGAAUUGAAGUGGAUGAAUCUCAAAAUCCAGACUCCAAAUCACUAAGUUCUGGUGAUAGAGUGUCCCUUGCAAAGAGUUUGGAUGGAUCUCUUUCGGUUAGGGCUCUUGCAGUUGUUGAGGCUUUGGAAGGAAAGCGGGUUGAAACAUUCAUGACUGCAUUAAGAGCAUUAGCAGAGGAAAGUGGCAUACUCUUAAAGAAGCUUGAUAAGAAAUUGGAGAGAACACUGUUGCAUUCCUAUCGCAAGGACUUGACAUCACAUGUUUCUUCUGAAACUGAUCCAGUUGCAAUCCUGCCCAAAGUUGUUUCUCUACUCUAUUUGCAGAUGCACAAUAAAGCUCUACAAGCCCCAGGAAGGGCCAUUUCUGCUGCUGUUUCUCGGUUGAGGGAUAAAUUGGAAGAUUCAGCGUAUAAGAUCUUAAUGGAUUACCACAGUGCAACAGUGACUCUCUUAGCCCUUCAAGCAGCUGCAACUGAGGAUGAACAUGACUGUUCCGCUGAUAGAAUUAUGACUAAAAAGGAGUUUCUGGAGAGCUUAAUGCCGGAAUUGAAAAGCUUGGCGUUGGGCACCAAUCAGUCUGGACUCAACAAACAGUCAAAAGGACCGGGCACCUGUUUUCUACAAGAAAGUCCAUGAGCAAAGCCUGUACACAGCAAAAAUAUUGAGAUA